AUGGGUGUUUUAGAAAAGAUAAAGGAAAUAGAAGAAGAAAUGGCCAGAACCCAAAAGAAUAAGGCCACAGAAUAUCACUUGGGUUUAUUAAAAGCAAAAUUAGCAAAAUAUCGUACUUAGUUAUUAGAACCAGCUUCCAAGGGUCCUAAGGGUGAAGGUUUCGAAGUUUAGAAAUUUGGUAAUGCUAGAGUAUGUAUGAUUGGUUUCCCUUCCGUCGGUAAAUCUACAUUAUUGAGUUCUAUCACUGAAACUGAAAGUUUAGCUGCUGCUUAUGAAUUCACUACUUUGACUUGUAUUCCUGGUGUAAUUAAUUAUAAUGAUACAAAGAUAUAACUUUUGGAUCUUCCUGGUAUCAUCGAAGGUGCCGCUGAUGGUAGAGGUAGAGGUAGAUAAGUUAUUGCUGUCGCUAAAGCUUCUGAUUUAGUUCUCAUGGUCUUAGACGCUUAAAAAAGUGAGGAACACAAAGCCAAACUCACAUAUGAAUUAGAAAAAGUAGGUAUUCGUCUCAAUCAAGAAAGGCCUGAUAUAACAGUAACUAUAAAUAAAACUGGUGGUGUAAAGCUUAUAUCCACUUGUUAAUUGACAAGAAUCGAUGAAAAGCAAGUCAAAAAUAUUUUUUCAGAAUAUAAAAUUCACAAUGCAACAAUUUUGUGUAGACAAGAUGUCACAAUUGAUGAUAUUAUUGAUUCAAUUGAAGGCAAUCGUAAAUAUGUUCGUUGUCUUUAUGUUUAUAAUAAGAUUGAUACCAUCUCAAUUGAAGAAGUAGAUAUGAUAGCCCGUCAACCUAAUAAUGUCGUUAUUUCUUGUCAUCAAAAGCUUAACUUUGACUAUCUCCUUGAAAAAAUUUGGGAAAAUCUUGGAUUAGUCAGAAUCUACACUAAAAGAAAAGGUUAACCUCCUGAUUUGGGUGAUCCUUUAAUUUUAACUCACGGAAGAAAUGGUUGCACAAUCAAAUCAGCAGUUGAACAAAUUCACAGAGAUUUGAUUAAAGAUUUUGCUCAUGCAACUGUUUGGGGUAGAAGUGCUAAAUUUAUGCCUUAGAAGGUUGGUUUAAAUCAUAUAUUAUGUGAUGAAGAUGUCAUUUAAAUCUAUAAGAAGGCUAAGACUUCCACAAAAGCUAAAGAAUCUAAUAAAUUAGUAAGUGUAACAGAAAAGAAAGAUGUUAAAAAAGAAGCAAAGGACAUGAAAGACCAGAAAGCUAAGGAUAAGAAAAAAUGA